AUGCCUUCAUUCUUCCAAUCCGUCUCUAAAGCGCCCCGCGGUUCUAGCUCCGUCCGCGCGCACUCCCUCCCGUUGCGCGCGACAACUCCCCUUCCGCCGCCCACGCUCUCUCCCUCCCGCCACGUUCUCUCGCUUCCCUCCUGUCGCGACAGUCCCCUCCGUCGCCCACGCUCACUCCUCCCCACCACGCACGCUCUCCCCCCAUCCAUCGCCCACGCUCACUGCCCGUACUCCGCACACGCUCACUUCCCUCCGUCGCCCAGGCUCACCCCCUGCCCCUCGCCUUCUCUCAUUCCCCUCCGUCGCCUAUGCUCCAUCCCCAUCCCUUCCCUCCCCAUCCCUCAUCUCCCCAUCCCUUCCCUCCCUAUCCCUCAUCUCCCCAUCCCUUCCCUCCCCAUCCCUCAUCUCCCCAUCCCGUCCCUCCCCAUCCCUCACCUCCCCAUCCCCGCCUCCCCAUCCCUUCCCUCUCCAUCCCUUCCCUCCCCAUCCCUCACCUCCCAGUCUCUCAACUUACCGUCCCUCUUCUCCCCAUCCCUCUUCUCCCCAUCCCUCUUCUCCCCAUCCCUUCCCUCUCCAUCCCUCACCUCACCAUUCCGUGCCGGUUUGUCAGUGUCAGUGCCCACCCUUUUGUAUGCGUUCUGCUUCAGCCACGAGCAUCUGAUUUUCACAACUGGGUUUGUACAGGUCCCCCCCCAAAUAGACAUGCCAAUGUUGGAUAUUUAG